AUGUGGCAAGAACGCGCCAAAAAACAAUCCGAAAAGUACGAAGAGAUGAAAAUGGAAAAUAUUACGGAGAACUCAGACCUCCAGAGGAGGCUGCGGGAAUCUGAGACGGAGAGAGCGGAUGAGCGACACAAGCACAGCAACCGCGUAUCUGAGCUCGAGAAAAAGCUGCAGGAGUCCGAGACGGAGAGAGCGGAGGAGCAACACAAACACAUUAACUGCAAAUCUGAGCUUGAAAAAAAGCUGCGGGAAUCCGAGACGGAGAGAGCGGAUGAGCAACACGAGCACAGCAACCGUGUAUCUGAGCUCGAUAAAAAGCUGCAGGUGAAUGAAACAACGAUACACGAUCUGAAUUCUCGUGUAUACCAACUUGAGAAUCAGCUCCUUGAGGAAAACAAUGUUCGUUCUUCGCUAGAAUCAACACUACUGCAAAAGGGCCAAACGCAUGAGCAAGAACUAUCCACACUGAACCAAACCAUCAUUGACCUGGACGCAAAAUUAUUGAGCUCGGAGUUGUAG